GAACCGAUUGAUUGAUGUUUUUUGCCACACUCAACAAUUUUUCAGCUAUUUGUUGGCGCCCAGUUCUUAUUGGUGGAAGAGAGAACCCAGAUACAAUGUACCUGGGAAGAGACCAUCGACCUCCGAAAGUAAACUUAUCCCGCUCGCGCCGAUCACGAAUACAAAUGGCAACAGCUUCCUCGUUUGCCCAACACUAUAUUGAAUGUGAAAACUGUGAGGAAAAUCCAGCAAAGUUCCUGUGUAAAACAUGUCCGGGUCAUCUUUGUGUGUCAUGCAAGUCGGAGCACGAGAGGCGAAAAAUAACCCAAAAUCACGAUAUCAUACACCUGGCCUCUGAGAAAGGGGAUAUGAUGGAACUUUUGUAUUGUUCAGAGCACAGAACAAAAAAGCUAGAAUGUUACUGUUCUCCCUGUCAGAAGCCAGUCUGUACCCGAUGUAUUAUUGAAACUCAUAAUGGUCAUAAAGUCGAAACACUGGCCACCGUCUACAAUAGAAUCAAAAAAGAACAGCAAAUAGAAAAAGAGGAGAUAGAAAAAACACUUCUGCCAAAAUAUGAAGAAUUGUUAGCGAAAGAGAAAUUGAUGAAAGCGGAGAUAUCAAAGAGAACUGACGAAGUGCAAAAACAAAUAGAGGAUCACACAGAGAAAGUGAUUGAAAGAUACACAGCAAUGAAAGAGAAAAAAAUCCGGGACCUUAGACAAGCAGAGCAGACGACACUGAAAUCUGUUGAGGAUUCCGAAAUGAAAGUUCAGAGACGAAUAGAAUUAUUGAAAAAAAUCAAAACUCAAAUAACAAACAACUUAGGUGCAAGGCCAGGGAUUAUAUUUUUCAAUGCUACACAUGGCAACAGCUUAAAAGAAAUGCGACAAUACCCAAAUUCAAUUGAAUACAAACUCGAUAACUUUUCUUCUGGUGACAUUGAAAGAAUAACACUGGAUGUCGACUUUUGGAAGAUCCUCAAAUUUACUAUGGUGGAUUCAUCAGCAUCACGAAAUCCAGAUUGGUCUCUAGAGGAAGAUGAGGAAGAAGCUGAGGAAUAUCUUUACGAGGAAUUUUAAAUAACUUUAGUUCUCAUUGGGGAUUUAUUGCUUUGUUAGAUGGAUCGAUGCCAUUGAGACUAAUCUCUUGAAAUAUUCCCGGACACCUUGAUACCCAGGCCAUGACAUACAGUUACUGUAAGCGCUGACAUGCCGUCAAAGCUCUGACUUGUGUAACACCAAAUGGUGCAAUCACUUAUUUUUCAACUUUGAAUACAGGAUCAACAAACAGCAAAGUUCCUGGAUAAAAUCUAUAUACCAGCAGUCGAGCCAAUAUCAACCAAGAUAAAUAUGUACAUUAAACAGUAUAUUAAAUAUAAAUUACUGUUUAUUCAACUAUAAUAUUUUUGAAAACAUUUGCUGGAGUGACUGUAAAGUACAAUAUUCUACAUGUUGAUAUCUUCGGGAAUUAAGCACUCGUUUGUUUUUGUGUUUUUUUUAAUUUUGAUAUAAUUUUCUUCAUCUAUUAUUAUAGGUUGCAAAUCUUUUAUGAAUAAAAUAAAACUUGUGUGUCAAAUAGUUUAGUAUAAAUAAAAAAAUGUACUACUGAUUGU